AUGGGAGACGCUGUAAAGUUUCCUGGGAGUUGCGAGGACAUGGAGGUGGGGAACCUGACAGACACGUGGUACCAAAGCCUGCAGUCAAUGCUGAAGGCCCUGAACCAAACACUUCAUGGUGCCAUCCUGUGCCCACCAGACCAGGCCACGGGGCGGACAAAUGGCAGUCACGUCAAGCUAGCCAGCAAGGACGACUAUUCCUACAUGUACAUCUUGUUCGUGAUGCUCCUGUUUGCCGCCACGGUGGGGAGUUUGAUUCUGGGCUACACCAAGUCCAGGAGGGUGGACAAGCGGAGCGACCCCUACCAUGUGUACAUUAAGAACAGGGUGUCUGUGAUCUGA